AUGGAUACAGAACGGAGUACUGACAUUUGUGGCAAUGUCCCGGAUGUAACAUUGUCAACACCAAAGGGGAAGGACUUCUCGACAGCUAAAGGGGCUCAUAAAAGGUACGAAAAUAGUGUUCCACAAAGUCACAAGUCUUGUUAACUGGACAGGUUCAUAGCUACCUCUGUAUCGCGGGGUGACACUUGUAAUUGCUCCACAUUCAAGCUACCUUUCUUUCAUGCUGUUGUAGUUAGCGUCUAUUCAAUUGUUAGCUAGAAGGUUGUUGUGAUACUUCAUCCCUGCCGCUAGGUGGCGGUAGUGUAACGUUACUGAAUAUUGAGCUUGCCUCAGCAAAAAUGUUACAUGUUUGAAAACUCUGGUAACAGUAGUAGCACACCCGUCGCUAUGGGCGGGCCAUAGGGGGCCGGGCCCGCCCCAAAAAAUGCUUGGUUAGGUUGAAUAAUCUAGUUUUAUUUCGCAUUUAUCAUAUCAUUCCCUUUCGAACACAACUUGAAAUAACUUGGUGACAGCAUCUUGAAAGUAAUCUACCUGCCUUAUCUCUAAGCCUAGAUCUUUGAUAACCUGGCCAGACUCUUAUACACACUGAGAUGUGGCAUGUGAUAAUAUUCCAUAUAGGUUAUAGGUCAGUGAUUUCAUUGAAUAGGAUAUCACAAAUAUCCUUCCUGUUUUCUCUUUGCCCCUUAGGACCCCAUACUCAGGAUACAAAAAAGUCCAUUCCAGCUUCAAAUCACCUGUAAGUCUAGUGAUGUAAAAUUAAUUUUGCAUAUCACACAGACACGCACACACACCCCAAACAUAUUUUGGCAUCAUCAUAGUCCAUGUGUCUUUCCCCAGGUCCAGACCUCCAGUACUGGCACUGCCAAGCCUGAAGAGGAGAUAGAGGAACUGAAGAAGAGACGGGCAAAGUUAGACUCAGAGAUUACACUGUUGGAGAAAGAGUGCGUACAAUGGGGAAUAGAGUUGAAUAGAGUCUAAUAGUAGAAUAGUUUAAAUGUGAUCAUGGUCAUUCAUUCAGAUGCCCUUCACUAUGGCUAUUCUACUAAAUGGAAUGAAAAUAUUUUACUUGUUGAUUGUGUGUGUGUUAUCUGAUAGUGUUGUCCAAUAUUUGUAAUAACAUUAACACUUCGUAAUUAUACUUAAACCAUACAUUGGCAGUAUAGAUGAAACCAUGUGUGUGGAUUUCUACAGUGGGAUCAGAGUUGAUGAGUUGGAGCAGCACAUUGACCUGCUACAUGAGUACAACGACAUCAAAGACAUCGGACAGUCACUAGUAGGCAGGAUAGGUAAGGCGCACACACACAGGCGUACACCAUAAACAAACACACACACAGCUUUUCACAUUCACUAACUACUCUGCCACAAUCUAAUCAGCUUUGGUGGUAGUAAAAUAUUUUCUUUCCAUUCAGUAGAAUAGCCAUAGUGAAGGACAUCUCACUGACUGACCAUAGUCUAAUUUCAAAUAAUUUAAACUCUAUUCUACUUUAGUAAUUCAAGUAAUUUCAACUCUGUUCUACUUUAGUUAUUCAAAUCAUUUCAACUCUAUUCUACUUUAGUAAUUCAAGUAAUUUCAACUCUGUUCUACUUUAGUUAUUCAAAUCAUUUCAACUCUAUUCUACUUUAGUAAUUCAAGUAAUUUCAACUCUGUUCUACUUUAGUUAUUCAAAUCAUUUCAACUCUAUUCUACUUUUCUGAAAGUUCUAUUGGUUCCAUUAAGUCAGGCAAGCACAGAUAAAGUAUUUGAAAUGAUUUCAAACUGUUUUUGAAUCAAGGUGUGUGUGUGUGUGUGUGUGUGUGUGUGUGUGUGUGUGUGUGUGUGUGUGUGUGUGUGUGUGUGUGUGUGUGUGUGUGUGUGUGUGUGUGUGUGUGUGUGUGUGUGUGUGUGUGUGUGUGUGUGUGUUGCGCAGCUGCCCUGAGAGGAGUGACCACACGAGACCUGUACAGCCAAUUUGGGCUUGAGCUGGACGACUGA